ACCUCCAACUCCCAACCAAACCGAGAGCGCAACCGGGACAGCGAGCCAAGAUCUGCAGAGCCACAGGCGACCUCACACCGGCGACCAUGGCCGUGGACCUCAUGGGCUGCUACACCCCUCGCCGCGCCGACGACCAGCUCGCCAUCCAGGAGGCCGCCACCGCCGGCCUCCGCAGCCUGGAGCUCCUCGUCUCCUCCCUCUCCGGCGCGGCGCCGUCCAAGGCGCCGCAGCAGCACCCGCAGCAGCCGUUCGGCGAGAUCGCCGACCAGGCCGUCUCCAAGUUCCGCAAGGUGAUCUCCAUCCUCGACCGCACCGGCCACGCCCGCUUCCGCCGCGGCCCCGUCCAGUCGCCUACCCCGCCUCCUCCGGCUCCGGUCGCUCCUCCGCCGCCCCCACCGCGCCCUCUGGCCGUCGUCGAGCCGGCCAGGCCCGCUCCCUUGACCGUCGUGGCGCCGGUGUCGGUGGCCGCCCCGGUCCCUCUCCCGCAGCCGCAGAGCCUGACGCUGGACUUCACCAAGCCGAACCUGACCAUGUCAGGCGCGACGUCCGUGACGUCCACGUCCUUCUUCUCGUCGGUGACCGCCGGCGAGGGCAGCGUGUCCAAGGGCCGCAGCCUGGUCUCCGCCGGCAAGCCGCCGCUGUCCGGGCACAAGAGAAAGCCGUGCGCCGGCGCGCACUCGGAGGCCAACACCACCGGCAGCCGAUGCCACUGCUCCAAGAGAAGGAAGAACCGCGUGAAGACGACGGUGAGGGUGCCCGCGGUGAGCGCGAAGAUCGCCGACAUCCCGCCGGACGAGUACUCGUGGAGGAAGUACGGCCAGAAGCCCAUCAAGGGAUCCCCUUACCCACGGGGCUACUACAAGUGCAGCACAGUGCGAGGGUGCCCGGCGCGGAAGCACGUGGAGCGCGCCCUGGACGACCCGGCGAUGCUGGUGGUGACGUACGAGGGCGAGCACCGCCACUCGCCGGGGCCGAUGCCGAUGCAGAUGGCGCCGUCGCCGGUGCCGAUUCCGAUGCCGAUGGGCGCGCCCGUAGCCGUAGCUAGUGUGUCCGCCGGCAACGGGCACGUCUGACUUAGUUAAAUUUUUUCUUUCUUUCCCCAUUUGGUUGGGGGUGCUUCGUUCGUUCGCUCGCAAUCUGUCUGAUGUCCGUGUAAAGAAGAAGAAAGAUUGUAGAGAGACGGAGAGGGAAACUUAAUGCCAGAGAUUUUUACUACCUCCA